AUGCUGGAUAACAGAGACGAAGAUGAUUCGGUUCACGACACAGAAACCGAAAAUCCCAUCAUGCCCCAAGCAGGGGGAUCAUGGCUGCAAGAAGUAAAGGCCUUUGCCAAAGACUUCGAAUAUUUCAAAGAUGAUGAGAAGAUAUCGACUCCGAUAGCUGACCAAGGUAUUGAGCCAGUCAAAUAUGCAGUAGAGCCUUCUUUGGAUGGAGACUUAGCAGAGAUGCGCCUCCAACUGCUUACUGGUGCUGUCCGACUGGAAAAGAUUCUUGGGGAUUACUGGUUCAAGACUGAAGCUACACUGAUGGUUGCAGCCUUUGGCGUGGAAGACCCGGUGCAUUGGCUGCCAGUCAUACAAUGCUAUGCUAUUCGAAAGAAUCUGCAAGAGACAACUGCCAAAUUUGCCAACAGGCACCGUCUCUUGCGGAGCACUCGAUACGAUAAUGACAAUGUUUCGCCUAUCAUCCAAAUUUGCAAUCAAGUAGAGGGCAAUUUGAACAGGGCAGAGAUUCUGCUCUUGGCGCAGUUCACUCCUGAUACGAAGCUUGUCUCCAGUCGAAAUGCCAGCUCACGGUUGGACUUGGCCAGCCUUGCAGACAUUCUUGUUAAGCACCAGAGAGAGAAAGCGCGAGUCGAGGCUUCACACUGUUUAAUAUCCAAACUCUUCCUCAGAGCUGAAGCAAGAGCACACACGAUGCUCGGCAUGAAACAAGCAGCCAACAAUACACGCCAUGAAGCAAACAUCCAUUCAUUCCAAGUGGGAGAGCAGCAAAGAGCCAACGGUGCUAUGAAGGAAGAAGAACAGAGAUUACUCACUGAAAGUCAAGGGACCUGUAUGUCUGGAGGCCAAGUCGACUGGCUUCAACAAAGAAAGGGCUGCGAUGGGAGCCAGAAGCUAGCUGCAUCUAUCGCAAAGCUUUAUGCAUCAAAGGACUCUCCCUUGGCGCGCGCCGUGGUCAUUGGGAUCAAGCCGGACUCAUAUCAUUUUGGAGAGAUGCAGCACGGCUCCCGAGCCGCGAGAGUUACACCUGCCGGGAUAGUCUUAGAUGCCGCCGUCAAGUCAAAUCAAACCACAUCUCCUUCUCCAAGUCUUGCUCGUUCUCUUCGUUCUCUUCCCGAGGAAAGUGGUACAGGAAGACAGAUUACUGUUCGUGAUGGAUACAUCCGCCACUCUCUGUAA